UCACGUGCCUUUUGUUUGGCGCUUUUGUGGCGCGGGCAGGGCGGUUGGGAGCGCAGUCUGUGCCGAGGCGCCGAAGCGAGAGGAAGGCGGAGGAGGAGCGGAGCCGAGCAGUGUUCAGUUGCUGAAGUAGCUGCAGAACAUUCUUCUGAAAUCCGACUUAGCCAUGGCUUCGUCUGACAUGCAGGUGAAAGAAUUAGAAAAACGUGCUUCUGGGCAGGCAUUUGAGUUGAUACUUGGCCCACCUUCAAAAGAAGCUGUUCCAGAGUUUCCUCUUUCUCCUCCAAAGAAAAAAGAUCUAUCACUGGAAGAAAUCCAAAGGAAGCUAGAAGCAGCAGAAGAAAGGCGUAAGUCCCAUGAAGCUGAGGUGUUGAAGCAACUAGCUGAGAAGAGAGAGCAUGAGAAGGAGGUGCUGCAGAAAGCAAUUGAAGAAAAUAAUAACUUCAGCAAAAUGGCAGAGGAAAAGUUGACUCACAAAAUGGAAGCUAACAAAGAGAACAGAGAAGCACAAUUGGCUGCUAAGAUGGAGCGCUUGAGAGAGAAAGAGAAGCAUAUUGAAGAAGUACGGAAGAACAAAGAAGGAGGCAAAGAUUCUGGCGAUAACGAAAGCGACUGACUUCAUCCUGAAAGCUGACUUUCUCCCCUUUGUCUAAAUAUCCAAAGACUGUAUUGGCCAGUGUUGUUUUUUUGUUAAGUUUCUAGAAAACCGAUGUAGAGCUAUAUAGUUAGAUCUGACUGUACACUUGCUUUGGGGAAUUAGAGGGGAGCCCUUUCAUGUUCACUCUUUUUCUAAAAUGUUGUCUUUCCAGUGUAGCUCUCUUGUUGCAUUUCUUCUAUUCCAGUGCAUUUGUUCCUGGAUUGAUGGCUAGUUCUUGUAUUCAGCUCUGACAUAUUUGUGAACGGAAUAUGUAGUGUAAAGUUCAUGCUGAAUCUGUUACACUUCAGAAUUUUCAGAUAUUACUGUAUCCAAGUAACUUAAUAAAGCUGCACAGUGCUGUUAUCACAGGUGACUGUUUCUGAGACUAGCAUGGCUGCUAAAUAUGCAACGCCAGUGUAGCUGUGGCUCUAGAGUAUUGUGAUGCCAUAUUAGAAUGAAAAUGCCUGCAAACAACAUUCUUGUAUCUGUUGGCUAGUGAUAUUCUUCAGUGGCUAUUGUUGCCUGUUGUCCCAAUUCUACAAUAAGAGCUUUGUCUUGCACCUCAGCAGUUGUCAGCUGCUGUUUUGUUCAACAGUUUAGAACCACCUCCUUCCUAUAUGCUUGCAUUUCCAACAACUGACUCCCUUGUUCACAUGUGACCUGAUUUGACUUCAGAAGCAUUUGCCUGUUCAUUUUGAAGUCACAUUUAAAGCAUUGAGUAUCACAACCAGCAAGCCACUACCACUGGAACUUCUGCUCAAUUUUCAAGUGUAAUAAUGAAUACAGGUUGGGGGGAAAGAUAGGCUUCGUGGGACCAGGAUCUCUUAACUGUCAUUGUUGGAACAUUGUUUUUAAAGCAAUGCUGAGAUUUAAAUUUAAAGCAGCUACUCUCACGUGUAUUUAACAAGAAUAUCAGCUUCUUGCAUCUCAAACCCCCCCCCCAAGUUUUCUGACAAGUUAGUAAACAGGAAAUUCUUGUGUUUUGGAAAGGCAUUUAGUUGUGCGGUUAUUACAUCUUGAAAUUAAACAUAUUACCAUAAAGAGAAGGUUAGCAUUUCAGCUUGGAUAACUAUCAUAGGAAACCUCUACUUUUAAACUGGAAUUCAUAGCACCUGCUCAGUGCUUUUUUUGUAUAUCCAGAGUUUAGAAGGUUUACCAAUUAAACAGCUCCCCCAAGCGGCACAAAUGUUAACAGUUGCCUAAAGUAGCUAUAACCAUACAAGACAAAACUCAUAGUAUUUUGAUUUUAGCAUAUAAACAUCUGUGACAAAACAGUUACUGCAGUCAAAAUGUUAAUUGAACAUUAAUCUGGAGUACUUUAUGUAAUGGUUCUUUCUCAGCUACAUUACAGUACCAGCUACUUAUCUUUGUAGGAACCUACUUUGACAAUGUGGGACACUGUUACAUAAGAUUUCUCCCAUCUCUUGGAAUGUUUCUUCAAAACGCGUAUAAUCGGUGGCAGGUUCUUCAUGCUGUAUUUUAAUAGUAUAAAUGUGAAACUGCUUCCUGUGCAUGUGUUUCCAGAUUUGUUUUAUCUACUUGGUCAUCUCAUCAACAUAUAAAAUUUAUAACUACUCAUCUGUGUAACUUAGUAGAUCUAGUCAGCCUUCAAUAAAUAGACUUAACUAA